AUGGCUGCUAUUCGCUACAAGGAGCUCUUGGGUUGGUAUGUAAUCACUCUCAAGAGCCGAGAAACUGUGGAAUCUCGACUUCCCAAGAAAUCAACCUAUGGGAGCAAAAUCGUCCCCGACUAUGAGCCGAGGCCUUCCAAGUCCGAGUGGGUCAUCUCCAUUGAAAAGAAGCACGCGCAGGGUCGCCAGGAAAACAUGCUAGGCUCAUGGGCAAAUCUCUCCAUUUACCGGAUCCCACGCUAUCUCAAGAAUGGCGAGGACAAAGCCUGGGUCCCACAGAUCGUCUCCCUUGGGCCGUACCACCACGGUGAGGAGCACCUCCGCCAUAUGGACCGGCACAAGUGGCGCUGCCUCCACCGCAUCCUUGAGCGCUCCGGUCAGGGGAUAGGCCUCUAUCUAGACUCAGUGAAGAAGGUCGUGCGGAGAGCUUGCGCCUGCUACGAGGGAAGGAUAUCCAUGAGCCGCGACGAGUUCGUGGAGAUGAUGGUUCUUGACGGGUGCUUUGUGAUCGAGAUGUUCCAGGGAUUCGCUGAGGGUUUCAAGAAACUCGGCUACCUUCCCAAUGACCCUGUCUUCUCAAUGCGGGAAUCGAUACUCCAGAUCCAACGGGACAUGAUCAUGCUCGAGAAUCAGGUCCCGCUCUUCAUACUUGACCGGCUGCUCGGUCUCCAGCUCGGUGACCUCAACCAGAAGGAGUGCGUGACCAAGUUGGCGCUCCAGUUCUUCAGCCCUCUGAUUGGGAUCCCUCAGAAUGUGGUCUUUAUGAUUGACCCCAAGGACCCUGAGUCAAAGGUGCUAUUGGUGGAGCUAGAGGAGACUAUGCACCCCGAUGAGCUAGAGGAGACGAUGCACCCCAUUGACAAGGACUCCUGCAAAGGACUGAAGUUUGACCCAUUUUACAACCAUAGGGAGGUCCAUUGCCUCGAAUUGGUCAGGAGGAGCCUCCUGCACUUGGGCCUGAAGCGGCCCAAGACCGAGAAAUGGCCGCAGAGCCGAAGUCAGCUCACUUUUAGGUUGAGGAAGCUACGGGAAGCCGGGAUCCAGAUAAAGCGUAGAUAUAGCAAUAGUUGGGGCGAUAUCCAUUUCAAGAACGGGAUCCUCAGGAUCCCGCCAAUUGAGAUCCAUGAAGGGACGAGGUCGCUCUUCCUUAACUUGAUAGCCUUCGAGCAGUCUCACUUCAAUUGCAGCCACUACGUCACCUCGUACGUAAUCUUCAUGCAUAACUUGAUCAACUCCCCUGAGGACGUCCAGUACCUUUGCAAGCGUGGGAUCAUCAAGCACUGCCUUGGGAGUGACGCUGAGGUGGCUGACCUCUUCCACCAGCUUUGCCAGGAGGUGGCCUUCGACAUCCGAGACAGUUAUCUUAUAGAUCUGUCCGGUGAAUUGAACUAUUACUGCAUCCGUAGUUGGUCAUCCUGGAGAGAUGCUCUCUCGCUAAAGUGGAAUGCCUGGAGAACCAUUCUCAAAAGCAAGUACUUUGACAAUCCCUGGUCAAUCAUUUCCGUCAUUGCUGCUGUAGUUUUGCUUGUGCUUACUUUCACACAGACCUUCUAUGGAGUCUAUGGCUACUAUAGGCCGCGCUCUUGA